AUUUUUAAAAAUCAUUUGCCAAACCAAAAAGUAAAAUAAAAAGGAAAAAAAUUAAAAUUAAAAUUAGAUUCUAUCUUUUAUCGCCACAAUUUCUCUUCCCUUACUUCUCUCUCGGAAGAAGCCCUAGAUUUUCUCGGCCUUUAUCGCUCUUUCCUUCGCUUUCUCGGGGGAAAAAAAUGGCAAAUGCAGCUUCAGGAAUGGCUGUGCAUGAUGAUUGCAAGCUGAAGUUUUUAGAACUGAAGGCGAAAAGGACUUAUCGCUUCAUAGUUUUCAAGAUAGAAGAAAAGCAAAAGCAAGUUAUUGUGGAAAAGCUUGGUGAACCUACUGAUAGUUACGAAGCUUUCACUGCUAGCCUUCCAGCUGAUGAGUGUCGAUACGCUGUCUAUGACUUCGAUUUUGUGACUGAUGAGAACUGCCAGAAGAGCAGAAUUAUUUUCAUUGCCUGGUCUCCUGAUACAUCAAAAGUAAGAAGCAAGAUGAUCUAUGCCAGCUCGAAGGACAGGUUCAAAAGGGAAUUGGAUGGUAUCCAGGUAGAGUUGCAAGCUACUGAUCCAACCGAGAUGGGUCUCGAUGUCAUAAGGAGCCGUGCCACUUAAAAAUGUAUCAUCUUCUUUGAAAUGGAAGUUUUAUACCGUCUCUGGUUCACUUAAAUGAAUGUCUAUAUCAAAUUUGGAACUUAAAACUUGGCUUUGACAUUGGGUUGUUGUUCUUGGGUUUAUACUCUUCAAUCCCCUGUCUUGAUUUGUUAUAUCUGAUGGAUUCAUAUGGGGUCAGUGUUCCCCCCUUUGGUGUAAUAUUCACUGCCUAAUAUAUGAUGGUUUGUGGGGGUACCAAUCUAAUUACAAAUUGACUAUUGCAUGCCUUCUUUCUUUAUGUUGGAU